AUGCGGUGGCUCACUAUUUCGGCCAUAUUGGCCUUAUCUACGCUUCGUACAAUGUCCAUGGAAGUCAAAGUUUUCAAAUAUGGAGGUAAAAAUCGGCUGCAAAACUAUCAAAACCCCCAAACUUCCUGACAAAACUAAUCAAAAAAUUUUCAAAUUUCAGUGGGAGAUCGUGCAAUCAACAUGGUAGAUGAGACUCAGUUCAAAUUCCCGGAUCCUCGAGACUUCACCGACGACAUUCUAAAACAAGUCGACUUCAAAGACGAAUACGACGAGCUGGUUCCGAGCCUGCCCCGUUACGAUGUUCAUAAAUUCGGAGAGGAAGUCGAAGUUGGAUCGGUAAGGGAAAUUUACCCAAUCCCAGAGGACUUUUCAUCAGUCUGUCGGGAAAAUAAUGAGCACUCUGUCGCAUCGAAAAUCACAUCGCCGGAGAGAAAAUCAACUUUGUCACAGCAAAAUCAAAUUGCUUUUCACUUCAGCGACGCAGCAACAUUGUGCAUAAUUCUCCCGAAAAAUAGAUUAUCGACAAAAAAAGUCGAAAAAACGAUCAAGCAGACCCAAAUUUGCUAUCAGAAAGUAUCCCAGAGACGUGAAAAGGCUGUUGGACUUGAAGAGAGGAGCUUUCACUUUUGUCGACAACCUUUUUCAAGUCGAAAAAAGUGGUCGAUAAAAGUGAAAAGUCCCGUCUUCUAACCCAACAGCCUUUUCACGUCUCUGUGAUACUUUUUUAAAAGCGAGUCGACGUCUCUUUUAUCAAAACGAGCAGGAUUUUUCAGUACUCAAUUUUUCCUUCAGGUUCCUAUCGUGACCCGACCAAAGCCCUACUGGUCGACUCCAUCGCCCCGAAAAUUCAACGAACGCGCCUUCAGCACUCCCCCAUCAGUUUUAGCGGCGUUGGAAGCAGUCCGAGCCACCAGGCCAACGCAUGCACCGGCCAAAACAACCACUGUAGCGCCGAAAACAACUCCCGAAACCCUGAAUAUCAAUCAAAUAGACGAUACACCCGAGACGACUACUAGGAGGAAAUCAGUCAAGAUCACUACAACAACACCAAAACCAACUACUACAGAAGCGGAAGUCACGGAAAAAUCGACCACAGAACGACCAAGCACUGCCAAGCCAAAGUUCCAAACCCCCGAAAUUACUCGGAAAUCCUUUACAACAACUUCGAAGCCGAGUACAACAACUACUGCAAAGGCGAGCACAACUACAGCGAAGCCCAGUACAGUCAGUGGAAAUACGCCACCAGUCUGGAGAAAUCCUAAUUUCAUCAACAGAAACAACGAGAUCACCGUGGGAAAAUCGCUGGGAACCAGGUAAGGAAUGGGAGAAACACUUGACACUUGAAUGGCUGUUUCCUCAGCUGGUGAUAUAAAAAAAUCCCAUCCAGGGGUGGUCAGCGGACCCUAUUUUUCCGAUUUUCGGCCCGCGGCCCGGCCCGUCUAAUUACCGGCCCGGCCCGGCCCGUCUAGUCUUUUUCCAGGCCCGGCCCGGCCCGGCCCGUGACGGGCCUGGCCCGGCCCGGCCCGGCCCGUGCAGGCCCGUUUAUAGAGGGUUCUGCGAACUGCGCCCAAGCUUGGGAUCUAAACUUAGGCAAAAAAGGCGUUGAUAUAGCUAGUAAAGGAUCAAUGUGAUAGUUUUGUGGUUUUAUAAUAGAACUAUAGACUUGUAAACGUUUUAGAACUUCAGAAACAGCAACUAUAACAACAUCAAUUAAUUUUCCCGGCGCGAAAACAAUGAAUGCCAACGGUUUGGCAUUGUAAUUUAGACGGGCCGGGCCGGGCCGGAAAAACCCCAGGCCCGCGGCCCGGCCCGGCCCGGCCCGUGACGGGCCCGGCCCGUUUGUAAUUUUCCAUUUUUGAGCCCGGCCGGCCCGUUUGGGCCGGGCCGGGCCGGCCCGUCACGGGCCGGCCCGGCCCACUGACCACCCCUGAUCCCAUCCCGUAUCCCAUUCUAUUUCUAAAAUAUUAAGUUUUUCUUCAUAGCAAAUUCAUCUAACAUAAAUCCACCUCAACACGUAUUUUACCAUUAUUUCGAGUCAAGCCUUCCUCUCCUACCAAAUAUUGGGAAAAUUGAUCUACAAGGUGUUCCUAGAAUUAUGGAAAAAACUAUUCAUUAAUAACUUAGUUCUCGGUGGUCCAAUCCGAAAAAUUUCUUUUGCAUUUUACAGGAAAACAUUUGAGUUUUUAUAAUCAAAAAAAAUUUUUUUUUCUUUGACCGGCGGAGACUUCGGUGAUCUUCUUUGAAUUCGGCGGAGUGUUUUUUUCACAAAUGAGGCUGUAAAUUGUUGUAUGUGUGAAGAAAAUGGGCGGGAAAGGAUUCAGAAGAUACAAUAUGACAUUUAUUUCAAAUUUUCGUCAUUCGGCGGAGACAUUUUUUAACCUCGGCGGACGAUUUUUCUUCGAUUUUGCAGGUUCAAAAUUGGCCAAAACCAAAACGUAUGGUAUUCCUGGUGGCAUGGCGCCUAAAUACGACUUGUUACGCCUUCGGCCCACUGGGAGAAUAAAAAAAAGCAAUUCGGCGGAGAAAUCGGCGGAGAAAAAAUGAACCCAUUUUUACAGCCUCGUUUAUGAAAAAAGCACUUCGCCGAAUUCAAGGCGGAUUACGGAAGUCUCCGCCGAUAAAACAAAAAAAUCUUUUUUGAUUCUAAAAACUCCAAGGUUUUUCUGCAAAAUGCAAAAAAAAUUUUCGGAUUGGACAAUCGAGCACAAAGUUAUUAACGAAUAGUUUUUUCCAUAAUUCUUGGAACACCCUAUAUAAGGGGGCUAUACAAAUUUUACAUUGCUUCGUUUAGCCUAUCCGGUCCCUCUGGAUCCCGAAUUGUCCUCGACAGCCACGGAAAACCAGUUGAGCUCAAGUUUGGAGCUCCUAAAGCAACUUCGUCUCCAAAACCGUCACCCACUGCAACUACCCCAACUCCACCAGCCCUGCCCAUCUUCAACCGGCCCACUCCCCACAUGUGGCAGCGAUCCUGGUCGUCGAGCUGGAAAAUCGGCCCGAAUGGACAGAAAGUGGACGAGAAAACUACCGUAACCGAGACAAGAGGCGGGAAAACUGAGACCAAGACGAUCUCGGGCGGAAUUGAGAAUCUACCGAGAAUUCUGCCACCUCCAAUCAUCCACACCAACCCAAAGGAGUACAGAGGUAACGUUUUAUUUCGCUUUUUUGCCAAUUUUUUUAAUGCCAGGGCGCGAGCUGCCGUUUUUUCAAACCAUCGGCAACUCACAAAAAUCGUAUUUUAUUACUGUAUAGGCUCCAAAUUGGAACAUUUUUCACAAUUUUUGCCGAUUUAAUCAAGUUUUUUUAUUUCAUCCCAAGCCUGGGCGCGAGCUGCCAACCGCCAAAAGCACUGUUUUUCAUGAUAAUUGGAAAAAUUAAUGUAUUUUACGUUAUUUCCAGGGCCUACAUUCAACUGCCGAGUCUUAGACGCGGCUGUGGACGGAGUUGCAUCGCCCGACAACGACGAAACUUGCAAACUAAACUUCCCAGGUAUGUACUGCAAUAUAGAAAAUUUUUCGAACUUUUUAUCUCUGGAUAAGAACUGACUAGUCUUUUUAAUUGCUAUCAUCCAUCUAAAAGCACUUUUUGCUAUAUAAUCGUCAAAAUUUUAUAUUACACUAGGCAUCUGAUGCCGUAUUAGGCCAAAAAAUCAUUUUUAUUAGCCAGAAUUUUCUCUCAAUCCACUUUUUAGUUCCUAAUCUUCCAUUCUAAACCAAGAUCUCACUUCUACACCAUCCCAAAUCCUCAUUCCUCACCUAAUUUUACCGUAUUUUAGGUUAUCCGGCCGACGAAACCUGCCGUUGCACGUUCAAGGUGCAGGAGCGAGAUGAAGCGGGAUGUGCUUUGGGCUUCAUUUACACUUGUCGUCGGGUCGUGUUUGCUUAG